AUGGAACUGAUCGACACCGAUAUCAGACCAUGGAAUUCCGAAGAUGUGCGGGAACAGUUUGGUGAUAGUCUCAGUCUCCUGCCGUCUAAUGACAACAUCAAGGAGCUGCAAACUAUUUUAAGGGACAAGAACACAUCUCGAAGUGACUUUAAAUUUUAUGCGGACCGUCUUAUUCGCCUUGUUAUUGAAGAGAGUCUGAACAAUCUACCAUUCACGGAUUGUGAAGUGGUCACACCCACUGGGGCUCUUUAUAAGGGCCUCAAAUAUGGUGCUGGUAAUUGCGGGGUCUCAAUUGUGAGGUCAGGAGAAGCUAUGGAGCAGGGCCUGCGCGACUGCUGCCGCUCCAUCCGCAUCGGCAAGAUCCUCGUGGAGAGCGACACGGACACGCACGAGGCGCACGUGGUGUACGCCAAGUUCCCGGAGGACAUAGCUCGCCGCCAGGUGCUGCUCAUGUACCCCAUCAUGUCCACGGGCAACACCGUCAAACAGGCCGUGAACGUGCUGAGGCAGCACGGCGUUAAGGAGGAGCGCAUAAUCCUCUCGAACCUGUUCUGCACGCCGGCGGCUGUCCAGGCGGUGGUGGACUACGUGCCCAGGAUGAAGAUCCUCACCUCGGAGCUGCACCCGGUGGCGCCCAACCACUUCGGCCAGAAGUACUUCGGCACCGAC